GCUCCGCAUUUUCACCUAGUGAGAUACUGAGUAGUGAGUAGUGACAUAACAACUGAUACCAAAUUUUCAACAAAUCCACGAAAUAGUACAAUACAGCAAGCAUAAGUUAUUAUUUUAGGAGAGAGAAUUACAAUUUUCUCGUCAAUCGCCGGCUACUUCUCGCCGCCGGCGAUCGAUCCGAAUUCCGGCGAACUUCACAAGUUGGAUUCGACAGUUUCCUUUUCACUUAUUUAAAGCGCAGAAGAAUAUUAAUGUGCCUGAGAAUAUAAUGAGUUAUCGGAGUAAACGGACAAGAAUCGUGGCCGCUUCUAAAAUCAAAGAUGCAAAGGUUCAAUCAGUCGAAGAUGUUGUCUCCCAGGUAGUCCAUGAUGUUGCUACUGCAGAAGCACAAGAUGAAGAGGAGCAAGAUGAGGAGAUGCUGCGCAGUUCGUGCUGCAACCAGAGUACGGAUCGAGCUGCAACGGACCAGCCAAACCAAGGUGCAUAUACUGAGGUAGGUGAUACUAGAUCCAAUUUGGGAAAAACAUCCGGAAGAGAGACCUUUGCGCCAUCACCAAGUCAACCAUUUCCCACAAAGCCUUCUCCUCGAUUUAAGGCUGCGCGGAGGCGGUCUCUACGUGUCCAGGAUACUGGUUUUGAGCCAAACCAUAGUGCUGCUUCCAGGGGACCUCAAGCUCAAGAGGCCCAGCUCAGUUCAAGCUGCAACAUCUGGUUAGAUGAUCCUCCAAUGACCGAGCCCGGACAAGCUACAACCAGAGAAGUAAAUGAUGUUAGGUCCAACAAGAGAAGUGUAGCUGAAAGACAGUUCCACACUCCUCCACCAAGUCAACCGCUUCGUGCUGGCUCUCCUAGCCAGCUUAAAGCCUCACGGAGCCAGUCAUUUUGGGUCGACGAAGAUGUUGAAGAGCCUUCCCAGCGAGGACUGUCACAAGGGAGGCGCGCAAAACCAGCUAACUGGAGUGAUGACAUAGAAUUUGAUGAAAUGGAGGAGGUAGAGAUGAGGGAUCUUGAUGGGAGACGUGGGAAGAAGGGGGGAAGAAUACUUCCUCGGCAUGUUUGGUCUCUUCGACCUGGAGUGAGGUUCGUGGUUCCUGUUAAUGAAUUAGACCAACCAGUAAGGAGAGGGGGUCAUGUGCUUGUCAAGUUCCUAGGGGACGUAGCAAAGAAUGGUGAACUAUGUCCCAUUGGUGAAGUAAAUUGGCAUAAGGUAGAUAAAAGCUGUAAAGCCAACAUUAUAAACUUGAUCCGGGACAAAUUUGUGCUUCCCAACCGAGAAGAGAUUGACAAAAGCAUUCUUAAACAUGUGGGAAAGAAAUGGAGGGCUCAUAGAUAUGAGCUUAAGGUGCAAUAUAAGAAACCUGACAGUACACAAGAAAAAGUAGCCAGCACUGUGCCAAGAGGAGUGGACCCAAGCCAGUGGAUAAGACUUGUGCAAUACUGGUUUUCAGAGAGAAGUCAGUUUUUAUCUGCCAAGGGAAAAGAAGCACGAGCUCUUCAAUCGCAUCUUCACACUACAGGUGCCAAGAGCUUUGCUCGGAUGAGAGACGAGUUUGUCAAGACACAUGGAAGAGAGCCAGGAGCAUUGGAGUGGUUUGCUCAAACUCAUCUAAGAAAAGAUGGAACUUAUGUAGAAGACUCAUCCAAAGAAUUCCUGGAUGCUGCAGCAGCUAUGGUUGCUCAACGGGGUUCCACCUCUUCUCCCACAAAGCGUAUUGCCAUUGAGAAUCAGGUUUUCAAUGAACUUAUGUACUCAGAUGAUGAGAGAUGUUACCGACCUAUUGGUUAUGGGUUUGGAGCCAACAGGAACAAACUUUUCGGGGUUGGAGAAGAGUUGAGGAAAAGAGGAUAUUCGGCAUCUGGUACUUCCACAGAAGCGGGAAAUUCGACCCGAAAUAAGUUAUUGGGUAUAGGCCCAGAGCGAAAGAGAAGCAGCUACUCGGCAUUAGAUACUUCAACAGAAGUGGAUAGGUUGAAUUUUGCAAUGGCAACCAUGGGUGAGACCAAUGAACUUAUGCAAGCCCAAAUUCAGAUGCAAGCUCAGCAACUGAAAAUGCAAUCCCAGCAGUUGCAAAUGCAGUCCAAGCAGAUGGAAGGAUUGCAAUUCCAACUUCAACAAGUAACUUCCUUGCUGAAUAAGUUUGGAGUGAUGCUAAACAAUCCAAAAAAUGAUCCUACACGCAGAGGGAAUUCUUGUCAGGGCAUCAAUGUCAAUAAUGCACAGCCACAGGUUCCGGAAGCUUCAUCUGAAUAUACUGACAGUGGUUCUGACAGUAUAGAGUGGGACUCAGAUCAGUGAGGCAGAUAUCUGGGUUCAUGGUACCGAACUUCCACAUCUGCUGCUAAUACCCCUUCAAAGUACGUCAUUGAACUCUCCUCCUUGUAAUGUCUAUUGAUGAUGUUUAUUUCCCAUUGUACUUGUGUCAUACUGUAUGAUUCCUCUGUUUAUUCUUCUGUCAGUCUGCCUUUCAAACAGAAGGCAAGGAAUGCUGUCAUUCAGUGUUGUAAUAUUUGUCAAGAUUUUAGUUGCAGAAGAAAAUCUUACAAUUAUCUGAAUUUUUUAGCGGCA